UUUUGUCUUCCAAACAAAUUUAGAACGUGAAGAAAGAGGCAAGGCUUCUAAUUACAAUCUAACAUCUGUGGAUACGCAGUAAGCGCCCGUAGAAAUAAACAAUGGCGGAGGAGAUCGAAAGGCUGAAAGCUAAGAUUAAAGAGCUUGAGAUCGCGCUGGAAAAUGAGCGUAAAAGAAAGGGACCCGUGAGGGAAAAAAUUCAGGAGAUGAGCUCUGAAGUCGUGGAUAGCAAUCCAUAUAGUCGUUUGAUGGCCUUGAAAAGAAUGGGAAUAGUGGAUAAUUAUGAGAAAAUCCGUGACUUUACUGUGGUAAUCGUUGGUGUUGGUGGAGUUGGAAGUGUCACAGCUGAAAUGUUAACAAGAUGUGGAAUAGGAAAGCUUUUACUUUUUGAUUAUGACAAAGUGGAACUUGCAAACAUGAACAGGUUAUUUUUCCGUCCUGAUCAGUCUGGAAUGAGUAAAGUUGAAGCUGCAGUGAAUACUUUGAGAGACAUCAAUCCUGAUGUGGAAUUUGAAGCAUACAACUACAACAUUACAUUACUGGAAAAUUUUAAGCAUUUCCUUUGUAGAAUAAGUCAUGGUGGAAAAGAUGGCCAGGCUGUAAAUCUUGUGCUAAGUUGUGUGGAUAAUUUUGAAGCUAGGAUGGCAAUAAAUACAGCAUGUAAUGAAUUAAAACAACCUUGGAUAGAAUCUGGUGUCAGUGAAAACGCUGUGUCUGGUCACAUUCAGUUCAUUGUUCCUGGAAAAACAGCUUGUUUUGCAUGUGCCCCUCCUUUGGUUGUAGCCUCUAAUAUUGACGAGAGAACACUCAAAAGAGAGGGUGUCUGUGCUGCAUCUCUUCCAACAACUAUGGGAAUUGUAGCUGGUUUUCUGGUUCAAAAUACACUCAAAUAUCUGCUUGAAUUUGGUUCUGUCUCGUAUUACCUUGGCUAUAACGCCAUGCAAGACUUCUUUCCCAGCAUGGCGCUAAAACCAAAUCCUGCUUGUGAGGAAGUCGUUUGUCACCAAAGACAAAGAGAAUACCAGGAAUCAGACGCAGCUAAAAAAGAAAAAGAAGAAAAAGAAAAAGCAAUUGAAGAAGAAAAAGAAGAAGUGAAACACGAGGAUAACGAGUGGGGUAUUACUUUAGUUGAUGAAGCCAAAGAUGAUAUCGAAGAGGACGAAGCAUCCCAAAAGCUUGUAGCAGGAAUACAGUAUGCAUACUCUAAACCAAAAGUACAAAGAAAGCAGAUAUCACAGGAGAUCAGCAGUGAGGGUCAAAUAUCAGCUGACGAUGAAUUAAGUGUGGAAGACCUGAUGAAGAAACUCAAGAGUAUAUAGGGCCAGAAUCAAACUAAAGCUUUCUAAAAAUUAACUUACACUAUGUUCACAUUAAUAUAUUAUUUAACAAGUUUGAGCGUGAUCCUUGCAGCAGUGGCAAUAGCAAAAGUCACAUAACUUUGAGUUUAUACACUUCUUCUUCAGAUGCCUUCGUCAGUUCAGUAGAAAAAUGUAGGAAAAAUUUUUUAAAUUUAAAUUUUUGAACUUUCACCUACCAUCCGUUUUCAAUGUUGUGCUUAACUCCCUAUCGAGUAAUAUGCAUUACAGCAAUAUUCAAGUAUGUCCUCCGUUAGUGUGACAUACUUUUUGACAUGUAUUGUGUGACAUACCUUUUGUGAAAUGUAAUGCAACAUGCAUUGUGUGACUUGAAGUUUUUUCUGCUGCCCAGGUUUACUAAGAUUACUAAAACGAAUGUUACAUCUCAUUCUUAAGACAAGUCGCUUCCUUGUUUGCCAUUAAUAUUUUUAACUUAAAUUUAGUUUGUAUGGCAUGCCUUGCGUUAUCGGAACCAGUUGGAAAAUGUUGUGUCCUCCUAUCUAAGAAGUUGUCCAUUGUCAAAUACCUCGAUACUUAAGCAAAACUGAAUUCUGGAACAUGUAAAAUUAAAGGAUAGAUCAAUAGAGACGAGAGUAGCAAGGAAGGUUUUAAAAGCCUUUUUUUAAUAUUCGACGCUAUUAUUUAUAACAAAUUAAACUAUUUUAUGUUCUUGAUGAUCAGUUUACUUAUGUGUCUAAUACCCCAUUCACACCAAAGCAUAAGCAUGUUUUAGAGUUGUUUUGUUAAACACAAUUUACUUUUUUUCUUCGUACAAACUACUUAACCUAAAUUUUUUACUUAAAUUUAGUACAGUGGAAAUGAAAGUUAGCAAGUACUUGAAUCCUAUGGAAAUUUAAGUUUUUCAGUUCUCUGUUUAUGAUUUUCAUUCAGUAAAAACCAGUUUAACAGAACAUGUUUUGCUGGUGUGAAUAGGGUAUAAGAUGUAAAGGUAGUUCAAUGCAAUAAAAACGAAAGUUUUAAAAA